CUUUCAACACCUACACCGUAUUGUACAACGGAACAUAUCCCUAUUCCCUACAUAGCCUACCCUAGCCUCUAGGUAUGUGGUAUGUAUCUAUAUGUAUUAAUCUACACCUACCUUUACCUUAACUUUUAUGAUUUUCUUAUGUUGAAACUUCAAGCUGUAACAUCAUUGCGAUUUGAUUUAAUAUCUACCACUCUUUUGCUAUUCUGCUAAAGUUCUGUGAUCUUGCUUUACUACCUCUGCUGCCCUUGAAUUUUCAACUCGUUCUUUUCUCUUACAUCCAAAAGCGCUUGGAGCAUCAUCUUCUCACCCUUGUCUCUUAUACACACAUCACCAAUCAGAGACGUUAAUAUCACACAGCAUAAUCCAUUAUAUCCAUCAUGGCAACGCAUGAAAUCAAGAAACAUAAAUUUUUGAUCUGGGGCGGUAAGGGCUGGGUUGCUGGCCAUCUCGAGUCGAUUCUCAAAAAACAAGGCAAGGAGGUUUUUACCACGACUACCCGUAUGGAAGACCGUGAAGCAGUCAAGGCCGAGCUAGACAGGGUCAAGCCCACCCACGUUCUAAAUUGUGCUGGCUGUACCGGCCGUCCUAAUGUCGAUUGGUGUGAAGACCAUAAGGAGGACACGAUACGAUCCAAUGUGGUUGGGACAUUGAAUCUGACCGACUGUUGCUUUCUUGCCGGCAUUCACUGUACUGUCUUUGCUACCGGGUGCAUAUAUCACUACGAUGAUGCUCACCCGAUUGGAGGUCCUGGAUUUAAGGAGACGGACCCGGCCAAUUUUACCGGCAGCUUCUAUUCCGAAACCAAGGGCCAUGUUGAGGAGGUUAUCAAAUACUAUACAAACUGUUUGAUCCUCCGCUUGCGUAUGCCGGUGUCCGAUAACCUACAUCCACGCAACUUCGUCACCAAGAUCAGCAAGUAUGAUCGGGUAGUCGACAUCCCAAACAGCAACACGAUCCUGACCGACCUUUUGCCGGCAUCCAUCCUGAUGGCGGAGCAUAAUGACACCGGGAUCUAUAACUUCACUAACCCAGGGGCUAUUAGCCACAACGAAGUACUGACGCUGUUUAGAGACAUAAUUCGUCCGGGUUUCACGUGGAAGAACUUUAGUGUGGAAGAACAAGCCAAGGUGAUCAAGGCAGGCCGAAGUAACUGCUUGUUAGAUACAACGAAGCUAGAAGGGAAGUUGAAGGAGUACAAUUAUACAGUACCAGAGAUUCAUGAGGCUUACCGACAGUGCUUCGAGAGGAUGAAAGUGGCAGGGGUUGAAUAAGCUCGGGUGGGGGUCUUUUGACAGGUUCUACUAGUUAGUUAUUAAUACUAGUAACAUAGGGGCAUUAUAGUGCACAUGUAAGCUACCUAAAGCAACCUAGUACUCACCCUUCCAACUAGAAGUUUUUAAAGUGGUUUCUUUAAGGUUCC